AUGGCCGAGUUCCAGCGCCGGUGCCUCGAGGAAAGCCGGGUCGCGAUGCAGCGUGCCCUACAAACUAACACGGCGCAUGGACGCAACAUGCCGUCGACGUUGGCACCUACGCCGCCGUCCCAGACGUCCACUGCCGUGGACUUUGAAGGGGAUCGGCAGUAUUAUGCACACGGCUCGCCAUCGCACGGCGGCCUGGAUCGCUGGUAUCCCGGAGUGGCGUUUGCCGACGAGGACACGAGUCUUCCUAGCUCUCACGCCGCAUCCCUGCGCGGCGAACCCGACAUGCUAGUCGCUUCGGCGCACGACGAAAGCCCAUUGUAUACCACUGUGAAUGACCUAUGGCAAGCCCCCCAUGCGAUGCCCUCGUUACGUCCUCUGCGCCUUGUCUCACGCCACUUGAGCGCGGACCGAGCCGCUCCGCCGCGGCAGGUCUCGGCUGCGCAUGCGCGUCGCACACCUGCGCCGAGCGCCUUGUCAUCACUGCCCAACACCUCUGGCUCGAGCGAAGCGCGGCCGCCGUCGCCUGGCGAACUCCACGGACUGAAUAUCGAGGUGCCUCACGAGAUGGAAAUGUCCUCACAUCUUCGCCCGCUGCAGCUGCCUGCGCAGCAUGGCGUCCAGGUGCACGAACCCGUCCGUCGUAUACCCCAUACGCACCAUACGCCCGAGCUCGGGACGAUGCCUCUUCCCGAGCCGGAGCACCUCGUGCCGACGCACCGUGCCGACGAUACGAUCUCGUCGAGCUCGAGCAAGCCGAGCACGCGCCAGCGUGUUCCCUUUGCCGCACUGCACCCCCCCGUGUCCAAAAAGGCGAAAGCGGAUGCGCACCGGCUCUUUUGGUACGGCUUCCUGGGCAUGCCCUGGCUGUGGCUCCUGGGUGGCUGGGCGCUGGAUGACACUGGGAUGCUCUUGGCGCCGUGGUCCGCCCCCUCGUUUGCAUCCUACCGCACGGGCCUUCAUCCCUACGGCCCUCCCUUUGGCCACUCGCUCUGUGCGCGAAACCGCGCCGCUGGCCUUUCGCCCGACGUCUCGGGCGAGGCGUCUACCGGCGACGGGGUCAAGCACAAAGGGCUGCAGUACCUGCAGGACCGCACGGCUUCCCCCCCGCCCUCACGCUCCUUAUUCAAACUACGCCGCUGGGAACACGUCGAGCCAUUUGUUCUAUACAACCGCAUUGCUGCAGCGCUCUCUGCCUUUGCCAUCUUUGCCUGCUGGGCUGCAGGCAUUUGGGCUGUGGUGGCCCAUUUUUAG